AUGAAUUCUAUCUUUAGUGAACUUUUAAAAAAAGAGGGCUCUAGUCAACAUCAAGAGAGUUCCGGUGGCUUCCAGAAUUCCUUCAAUCAAUUACUUCAAACCUCACAGCCAAGUCAGCAGUUUGACAUUAGUCAGCAGAUGCAACACCUGCAUCAGAUGAGGAUGCUUCAAAGCUUGGGACAGUACAGUCAGCUUGGCUUUUCUGGCUUGAACCCGAGUGCGUACGGAGUCAACUCCCAACAGAGCGCUGAUCACCACCACGGCCUUGAUCUUGGAAGAGAUCCACUGAAGGAUCACCGAUCCAUUGGCGGUGGAAAACAUGUCGACACCAAAAAACAAAAACGCAAAAAGUCCUCCAACGUCAAGCGACCGACUACAGCAUACCUUUAUUUUGUAUCAAAAUAUCGAGAAGAGCUGAAGUCCGCCGGCGACUCCAUGCCAAAGCAAGCAAAGGAGAUGAUGCAAGAGUGUGCUGCCAAGUGGAGGGCAAUGACUGACGAGGAGAAGCGCCCAUAUCAUGAGUUGGCCUGCAUAGACAAGGAGCGCUGGGUAAACGAAAAGGCAGCUGAGAAGAAACCAAAAGAUCAGUGGAGACCAAAACGUCCGCCCAGUGCGUAUUUUCUUUUUCUGAAGGAUUUCCGAGCAGGCUGGAAGGCUGAUAGCUGCAACGAUACUGCAGGAAGUGAAGAUGAAAAUGAGAACACUGUGGAUAUGAAAGUAAAAGGCGAACUUGAAGAUGAAGAUGGAUCCAAACUGACGAUUUGUGAUGAAGAUGGUCCAGAGAAGAAGAUGAAAAUGGACGAAGACAAGUCAAAGAAACUUAACCCCCAAAAAGAGAUUACCAAACGAGCUGGCUCUAAAUGGAACUCAAUGACUGAAGAUGAAAAAGCACCUUAUGUAGCAAAAGCUCUCGAGAACCGCGUUAAAUGGGAAAAACAAUUGCAAAUUUACAAGAAUGAGAUCAAGAAUGGCAAAACAGGAGAACAAGCCGCAGGAAAGCUUCACGAAUUAACCGAGGGCGGUGAGUCGGCAUUGAAUGAAGCAGUAGCGGAUUUACCCUCAAAAAUGUCUCCAGAUCCGCUUCCGGAAACAAUACUCAAAAGCGAACCUUCCGCCGAGUCUAGUACUACCCCGGGUAGUAUCCCGCAUCCAGAUCUCUCUAUGACUGACAGCCCUCAUUCCCAUCACGCUGCUUCGCCAUUGUCCCGCUCUUCUGCUCCAGUCCAGUCUUCCCCUGUUUCUGGAUUCCCACAGAAUAUCGCUUCUACUCACUCUACCCCGCCUUCUAUCCACGGCAACCUUCCAACCAGCCCUCUCUCGCAGCAAAAAAGUCCAAAUCAGCAAACUAUUCCAGCUACUCAAAUGCAGCACGCCGGCCUUAUCAACCAGUUUCUCCAGCAACAUUCAACUGACUCUACACUUCAUCAUUCUCAACAAGGACAGCAAUCGCAGCCAAUGUUCCAUCAUCAAACUCCGUUUGGCCACCACCAUCAACAACAACAGCCAAAUCAACAACUUGAUCAGCAGCUUCGCCAACAACACCCUCAAGCUCAAUUCGAACCCUGGCAGCCAUCCCUCUUCCCCGGCCAGUCGUCGCUGAGAUGA